CCUUUUCCUCUUUCAUCAUACACUCUGAUUUUAACGCUUUGAGUCCACUUUCAAUUAUUCAACCCUUUAUGUUGUUGUCUCUGCAUGCAUGAUCCACCUUGUUUCGAACCAUUCGUAUUUUGAUUCUACCAGUGAUGUUUGACUGAUUCAAAUAAAGCAAAACCUAAAUCGUUGUUUGGUGUUGCAUGGUAUGGUGCUUGUGUCUGCUUUUUAUUUUACUUAGCCAGAUGUGCUUAUACUGAUCUUUUAAGAAUUUGUUGUCCAAAUUGGCUUGGGGAUGAUUAGGAGACAUGUUUCAAAUUGUUGUUGCCCUCGUGUCGCGAUUGUUGAUAUUGAGGUAUUCCAUCCCCAAAGGUAUUCCAGCGAUCAUGAUGUUCAUUGUCAGGUUGGUAAGCUAAUUAGUACAUUGAGUGCUGCCCACUUCGAUCUCCAUCUGAUGUUUUGAGUGUGAUAUCUCAAGAGUUGAUAUCUCUUGAUUGGCUUCUACUCACUUUCUCUGCAUACGAGCAUUUUCUUCUCUAAGGGCGUCCAUUUCUUCAACGUUGUGCUUCAUCAACUCUGUCAACUCAUUCUGAAGUUCUAACAGUAGAGUCAUCUUGUUGGUGUUGUUACUAGAUGGUUCUGGUACAGAUUGCUUGUCUUGGUUUUGGUUCGUCAUAUUCUUUGUGAACACCAUGCAGUCUAGGUAUGAUGCCAAAUGUUUUUACUGAGUCAAAAUAUAUUCAUAAGACACAUCCAGGAAACACUACUCAGCUAUCUUCUCAAUUUGAGAUAUAUUCAUUUAUCUUACUGCAAAGGUUGACAUAUUCAUUCUGUUCGUGCCCUCCAAUGUCUGAAUGAUUGGGUUGCCUACAAAGACACUCCGACACUCAAUGUUAUUUAUAGUACCUCUCUGGACUUUUACUUGGAUGGGCCUAGAUUAUGUGGGGCUGAGGUGCAUAUUCUUGUUAUGACUGAGAUAUUCAUGCAUGAUGUCGUCUUGAGUUGACGACAUUAUUUUGGCCUUAUACAACACACUAUCCCUCAAGCUCGAGAUAUCUUGGAUUUGAGUGUUAGUUUGCAAAGAAAAUUUCUUUCCUUUGGUUAUCUAACCUUGUAGUCACCUUCCUUGUUUUGCUUCAGAGCAAAUUCACAAUGGUAUAUGUAGCUACGGACCGUGAUGAGGCUCUUUGCCAACUCAAAUUUCAUUUGUAUCGUGCUUAGCAAACAAUGAAGAAAUAUGUUGAUGCUCGCAAGAGACAUGUUACUUAUUCUCUUGGAGAUUGGAUAAUUGUGAAGCUUUCUCCUCAUAGACAACAAUCUGUCUCUUAUGGGGUCAACCCCAAGCUGACUCCUUGUUACUAUGAAUACUUUCAGGUGCUGUCAUAUGGGGGAGGGUAGGCCAACAAACUUGAGCUUUCAUUUCAGACUUUGGUUGUAGUCAACUGAUUUUUCAUUUUUCACUGAUCAAAUGAUCAGUGAAGAGUUAUCCUGUGGAAGUCUCACGGGAAAUGGGAACUUCUAUUAAUGAGAAAUAUCCCAGUUUUUGCCUUGAAGACAUGGGAACUUUAAUACCCGGUUGUAUUUAUAGGAAUCUACCUUCUACGUGGGAUAAGCCUUUUUAGACAUCAACAGUAAUGGAACUAUAUGUCUUGACAUUCUAAAAGAACAAUGGAGCCCGACCCUAACGAUUUCUAUGGUCUGAUAUUGUGUUUCUUAAUGUUUUGUGAUUUCUCAUAACGGUUUUAGCAUUUGUCACUUACUGUGCAUAUCUAGCUGUAAUUUCUGUGUUACCAUAUCCUCUUAUUUUGACAUUCUACAUUGGAAUAAUAUGUAUUUCUGGCAUAUUAUUCCUCGUGGCUACAAAGUUCAUAAACACAAACCUUUUUACGGCCCUGUUUGGAAACAUUCAAGUAUGAACAUUUUUUUAGCAGAGGAACUCCCAAAAUCACUUCUACUUAGGCUUUAAAUGUUAAGCAAUUGGAGAUUAUACUCAAAUCGAGGAAUGAGAUUAUUUUCAAUCAUAAAAAUUGUCUACAUGUACUGUACCUUGUUUAGCUUUCAUUGAUAUGUGAAACUGUUGUUUCAAAACUUGAAAAAACUGACAUCCACUAUUAUAGGUUCUUUUGUCUAUUUGCUCACUGUUGACUGAUCUCAACCCUGAUUACUCGCUUAUGCCUGAAAUUGCACACACAUGUACAAAGCUGACAGUGCUAAGUAUGAAGCCACUGCUCCCAGUUGGACACAGAAAUAUGCUAUGGAUGAUCAUGCUCCUCCUCUAGCAGCUCAAUCAUGUUCUGAGGAAACAAAAGAUACUUUUCGUGAAAUAUUGUCUUUACUUGUCGGUGAAAGUGAACCAUGAAACAUGCCUGCUGGAAACCACUCGCUAUGCUGCUGCACGACAGAGACAGGUUCAAGGUGAGGUCACCACAAGUAGCUUCGAUUGAAGUCAAUGGUACUGUUAAUUAAGUAAUCCCGUUCAGCGGUGUCUGACAGAGAAUAGACAAAGUCUGCAAAAUAUUGUACUGAAAGAUAUUACUGCCAUCUGCAAAGUCAUCAUGGUUGGAUUAGCCCAAUGCUCAACGGUAUACCAUACUUUCCACUACUCACCCGUUUCUUCCUUUUUCUUUUAUUCUUCUUUUAUUCACGCUAUGCCACGCUUUAAAAACAAACUAUAAAAAGUCACGUCAAGUUCGCAGUUUCAAGGUUUUGCUUCGCCUCCUUCUACCUCCCUUUCUUCUCUAAUCACCUAAUUACAAAAUUCCACCAUCCAUGGUAAACAUUCAAGAAACAUGUAAACAUAAUAUUAAAAUGCAGACUAUUAAGCUCGUUUUGAAUAAUAGAUUGGUCCCUGAAUUAAAGGGACAAAAAUUGAAAAUGCUUUUGAUAAUAAAGUGAGAUUAUAGUUUAGUUAAGAGAAAUGGACAGAUAAAAUAGAUUUUGGUGGCAAAAGGAUUUUUAUGUUGCCGACAGCGACAUGAAUGUAGACACAAACACACACCCACUAAGACCCUCACUCACUCCAUUUUCCCUCGAAUCUUCUCUCUCUAUCUGCUUCAAUCCUCUCUAUACCUUCACGAGAAAAAUAUUUGGUUGAUCCUCCAAUGGGGACACACCCCGUGCUGCACCAUAAAUACCCUUUAAUCCUACUUCACUCACCUUGCUUUCUUCUCUCUACACUCUUCGCCUCUUUCCCGCCCACCUCUCUAACAACAUCUUCUCUCUCUCUCUCUCUAUCUAUCUUCCUUACCCUUUGGAAUAACCACCCAAAACCUCCCUCUUUCCUUUUUCACUCUUCCUUCAUGCAAUUAAAACCAUCGCCUUUUCCAUUUCAUCAUGUCCCUCCAACCAACCAUGAAUCUCUCCCACCCCUUCAACCCACCAACUUCAAGCUCUAAUUUUUACACCCACCCACCAUGCAAACCCUCCAAAAACCCCCAACCACCGCACAAGAAGCUCCUCCGUGUCAUCCUCACAGACCACGACGCCACCGACUCCGAAUCCUCCGGCGACGACGAAGGCCCCAAAAACCCAUCUAAACACAAAAAAGUGAAAAGAGAAAUCACCCACAUCACUAUAAACUUGCCCUUUAUCCCGGAACCCCCAAUGGUAACCCCUUCUUUUUCCACUCACCCCACCCCUUUAACCCGACCCGAGAAGCGGCCCGCCGCCCCACGCCGCCGGAGCAAGUUCCGUGGUGUCCGGCAGAGGCCAUGGGGACGAUGGACAGCCGAGAUCCGCGACCCGACCCAAAGAAAACGGGUCUGGCUCGGCACCUUCGACACGGCAGAGGAAGCCGCCGCCGUGUACGACGAGGCCGCCGUGAAUCUCAAGGGGCCUGACGCCGUCACCAACUUCCCCCUCGCCGCUACCGGAAAAAGAGAACUCCACGUUUCGCCCCCGGAGGCGGCCUGCUCCGGCGACGGUUUCUCGUCGCCGACGUCUGUCCUCACAUACUGCGACGGGGACUCCUCGCCUUUCGGUGGUUUCCGUUACGGCGAGGUCGAUGCAUUCGGGUUCGACAUCGACGCGCCGUUUAGUCUUACUGAUGUUAACAUGGGCGUGCUGAAUCAGCGCUACGCGAAGGAAGAGUUCGGCGAGUUUGACCCGGACGAGUUCCUGACGUGGCCAAAUUAAGAGUCAUUUCCUCCUUUUGCGAAAAACUCAGGGACUGUCUAGUAAUUGUACUAAGAUUUUGUCGUGCUCGGUCUUGUAUUUCGUAGAAUUCCGAAACUACCCUCGGGACUAAGUUUUUGUGCAGCUUAGAAGAGUGAAGAGUGCUAGAACGAUAGAAGUGAGCAUUUUGGUAAUCUACUUAGAGAAUUUUGUCCUAUGCUAAUUUGUGUAAUUAAUUUCAAUGUCAUGAAAAAAAAAAAAAAAGAUAAAGAGUGAGUAUAUAUGAUGGAAAAUAUUAAAAAAGGUCUCUAUUCUCGUUUCUUAUAUAUAUUUAUAA